UAUCUAAUAUCUACUACUUUGUUCAUGAAUGACUCACAGGAAAUUCGUAUUGCGCUCUUCGCCUGUUUCUGAAUUAUUGAAAUUUCAUUUUUAAUUUACUUUUUAUCCCUCUCUGUUGUAGUUCUGCAUCAAUGCUUUACAGAGGAAAAUUACUAGGAGCAUUAUUUAUAUGUAAAUCAUACUUGGAUCUUAUUCCUUGCAAGUUUGUUCAAUGCGCAUGCGCUUUUCCGCAAUAUAUCCUUACUUCAGGCUCGUACUUUUUCUUGUAAGCCGCUCUGAUUUUUCUUUUGAUGUGCGAGAAUUUAAUUGAAUUUUGAAAAAAAAAAAUGCGACCAAUAUAACAAUUAUGACGGCGGGGAAUCAAACUGAAUCUUUUAAUCUUUAGCUUAAAGAGUCAUCAUUCAUAUCUAUACAGUUUAUUCCCCAUUUAAGUAAAAUUUAACAAUCGUUUUUGUGGACAACGAAAUUCUAAUAAGCGCCGCAGUAGUAUUAAUUUCUCCGCAUUUUAUUUUAGGUGAUUUUUACUUGUUUUAUAGUCUUCUAGACAUAAUGGAUUUUGAUUUUAAAGUCCGUACUGCCAAUGAACGUGCCAAGGUAGAAGAUUUGUUCGAGUAUGAAGGUUGCAAAGUCGGACGGGGAACGUAUGGGCACGUUUACAAAGCAAGAAGAAAAGAUGGUUCCGAUCCUAAAGAUUAUGCCUUAAAACAGAUUGAAGGAACUGGUAUAUCGAUGUCCGCUUGCAGAGAAAUUGCUCUUCUCCGAGAGCUGAAACACCCAAAUGUCAUCAGUCUUCAGAGGGUUUUUCUCUCGCAUACAGAUAGGAAAGUCUUUCUUUUGUUUGAUUAUGCUGAGCAUGAUCUCUGGCAUAUCAUUAAAUUCCAUAGAGCUGCCAAAGCAAAUAAGAAACCUGUGAUGGUGCCAAAGGGGAUGGUGAAGUCACUUUUAUAUCAAAUUUUAGAUGGAAUCCAUUACCUUCAUUCCAAUUGGGUGCUACAUAGAGAUUUAAAACCAGCCAAUAUCUUAGUUAUGGGAGAAGGACCUGAAAGAGGGCGAGUUAAAAUAGCGGAUAUGGGUUUUGCUCGUUUGUUCAAUUCGCCUUUGAAGCCUUUAGCUGAUCUAGAUCCAGUAGUUGUCACAUUUUGGUAUAGGGCUCCUGAACUUUUGCUUGGAGCAAGGCAUUACACAAAAGCCAUAGAUAUUUGGGCGAUAGGAUGUAUCUUUGCCGAGCUUCUAACUUCUGAACCCAUUUUCCAUUGUCGCCAGGAAGACAUUAAGACAAGUAAUCCUUACCACCAUGAUCAACUUGAUAGGAUAUUCAAUGUCAUGGGAUUUCCUUUAGAAAAAGAUUGGGAAGAUAUCAAAAAAAUGCCUGAACAUAUUACGCUUAUGAAAGAUUUCAAAAGGUCCAAUUACUCCAACUGUUCCCUCAUUAAGUAUAUGGAAAAGCAUAAAGUGAAACCUGACAGUAAAGCUUUCAUGCUUUUGCAGAAAUUGCUAUUGAUGGACCCUACCAAGCGUAUAACAUCUGAGCAGGCAAUGCAAGAUGGUUACUUCCAGGAGGAUCCGUUGCCAACGCAAGAUGUGUUCUCUGGUUACCACAUUCCUUAUCCUAAAAGAGAGUUCCUUACUGAUGAUGAGCAAGAGGACAAGUCAGAUACCAACAAAACCAAUGCCAACAACAAUCAAGGGAAUCAGGAUAACAACAAUCACGGUCCCAGUGUAAAACGUGUGCGAAUGGCACCACCUCCACCUAAUACCACUGCAGCAACUGCCUCCUCACAGUCCCACAUGGGUGUUCAACAGUCUUCUAUGAAUUUCAAUUCAGGCCAGCAAGGAGGAUUCCAACACUUCUAGUGAUUUUUUUUUUCUAAUGCUGUAUUUAUCUCUGUACAAUAAAAGUCUAAUGUUUUUAUAA